AAAAGUCUGGACACAAAACGAAGUUCAAACCGAGCCCGAGAUAAAGCGUGUACCCCCUUUCGAAUUCAGUUGAUAUUUGCCUGCCGGCAGCAGCAGAAGCAGAUUUUGAUACCCACAUCUGUGGGGGAAUGUGUGUGUCUGAUUGUGUGCCUAUGUUUGUGUGUAUAUUUGUUAGCGCACAAGACUUUGAUUUAGAAUAAUACGCAACAAAUUAUUAUAAUUAGUACGUGAGUUUAAAUUAAAUUCGAAUAAUCAAGCGUAACAGGUAGUGAAAUACAUUUAGUGAAUAUUAUAACAAAAUCUAAAAUUUAAAAACAAUAUUUAACGAACGCUCAUUAAAAAUAUAAUUAAUUCAUUAUGUAUACGAAAAUCUUUCGUGCUGUGAUAAUCGGCGCUCCCGGCUCUGGAAAAGGCACCAUCUCGGAUCGUAUUGUCAAGACUUUUGGGUUUCUCCACAUCGCCUCGGGAGAUAUUCUACGUCAGAAUAUCAUCAAAAAUACCGAUCUGGGCAAGAAGGCACAACAGUAUAUUGCCUCCGGCCAGUUGGUGCCAGAUGAGAUUGUGACGAAGACAAUGAUCGCCCGUAUCACCGAAGUCGGCAACAAGUCCUACAUUUUGGAUGGUUUUCCACGCAACAGUGCCCAAGCCGAUAUAUUGUCGGCACGUGAACAAAUCGAUGCUGUUAUCAACUUGGACAUUCCACAUGAUGUAAUCAUUGAGCGUGUAAAGCAUCGCUGGAUACACGCUCCAUCGGGGCGUGUCUACAAUAUAGGUUUCAACGAUCCCAAGAUAGCGGGUAAGGAUGAUGUGACCGGUGAACCGCUUACCCAACGAGAGGACGACAAACCGGAGGUGGUGUCUAAGCGUUUGCAACUCUACGAUGAGCUCAUGGGUCCCGUGCUAGCCUGGUAUGCUGAACGUGAUCUUGUAACCAGUUUCAAGGGACGCGAAACCAAGGAGAUCUGGCCUCGCGUCGAGCGCUUUCUCAAGGAUAAAGUCAACAUGGGUUAAGAGUAGUAGGGCAUUAAGAAAACAACGAAACAAACAGUUCAAUUAACUGCACAAAUUUAUUCAUUAUUGAUAGGCAACUGUUGCUAACGAGAAGUAAGAUGUGUUCAAUUAAGGUCUAACAUAUAUAUUAAAUAUAUCUAUUAUGUGUGCGUUAGAGUGGGGCCUUUAAGGAGGGGGUUUACGGUUCAUUGUAACUCAUCAAAUGUAAUUUCGAAGCCUUACAAAGUAAAAACGAAUCAAAAAAAAUAAAUGUGUCCAAAUGUAUAUUUCCUUUGCCAUACACAUGUGUAUACACUGAUUAUGAGCUAUAUAACCCAUCCAAAACAUUCCCCUAAUAAAA